AUGGCGACUAAAGUUCUCCUGCUGUUAAUCCUCGCCGGAGCGAUUGUUUGUGCAGCAAAUGCGAGUCCGGGCAGUGAGGAAUUGGAGAAGAAAGGCGUUGAUGAUGAUCAGAAAACUUUCUUCCACUACAAAUACGGGUUUCCUCCCUACUUCGGCGGCGGAGGAGGAUCUGCAGGGUUCGGCGGCGGGCCGGGUUUUCUUGGCGGCGGGGGGUUUCCGACCCCGGACCUCGGCGGUGGUGGAUCGGGUUUUGAUUCCGGGUCCGGGGGUGGGUUCGGGUCUAGCUUCGGAGGGUUUGGCGGUGGGUCCUCGGGUUUCGGUGGGCCUGGGUUUGGGCUUCCCGGUGGCGCGUCUGGCUACGAUGCCGGAGGUGGGAGCGGAAUAGGGUCUGGCUAUGGAGGGUUUCCGGUAGGCUCAUCGCCGUUUGGAGGUAUAGGUGGAGGUCCCGGAGGCCCAUUUGGGACUAGACUUGAUUCUGGCAUUGGCGGCGCCGCCGCCUCCGCCGGAGACAGCAACGCCGGUAGUACUGUGCCCCCGGCAGAAAUUAUCGGCAACGGCGCGUAG